GAUGAAAAUGGUCAUGGCUCGAUACCGGUUGCUGAUGUGCAGGAAGCGCUCAGAGUCACAGGCAUUGAUAUUCCAGGCUUCCAAUUUCGAGACCUCAUGAAACGCUUUGGUUGCGGGACCCAUUUGACAUUCAGUGAAUUCCAAGACUUGUUCACCGAAUUACGUGCCGAGAGAGAUCAGGAAGUGAAAAGAUGGAAGGAGCAGAUUGGCUCUGUGACUGGUGCUUAUACGGUAAAAGGCUUAUCCGAGCAAAGCAAUGAGGAAAUUGUGCACACAAUCCGAGUGGAGGAAGAAGUCGCUUUUUCCAACUGGAUCAACAGCAGUUUGAUUAAUGACAGUGAUUUAAAGGAUCUUGUGCCCGUAAAAACCGAUGGUGGCGAUCUGUAUACCAAAGUGCAAGAUGGCUUAAUCAUAUGUCAGAUUGAUUUAAUACACGUGCCUGGAUUGUUCCGACUGCUGCAGAAUGAUGAGACAUUAGAAGAUUUUCGUAAACUUUCACCAGAGCAAAUUCUGAUUCGUUGGGUCAAUUAUCAUUUGUCGAAGGCAGGCGUGAACCGGGUGUUGACGAACUUCACAGUCGAUGUGUCUGAUUCCGAGAUUUAUACGUAUUUGCUAAAUGAAAUUGCCCCGAAAGGAGCCGGGGUUACGUUACAUCCACUUUCUGUUCAAGGUAAUGUAAAAAGAGCGGCAGCGAUGUUGGAUGAGGCGGAUAAGCUUGAUUGCCGUGAAUUUGUUGCUCCAAACGAUGUUGCUCAAGGAAACUAUAAGUUGAAUCUUGCAUUCGUUGCCAAUCUUUUCAACAAGUAUCCAGGACUUCCAGAACCGGGCGCCGACGAGAUAGAAAACAUAGAAGUGGUAGAGGAAACGCGUGAAGAGAAGACGUAUAGGAAUUGGAUGAACAGUAUGGGAGUGAAUCCGUACGUGAACUGGCUCUACAGUGAUCUGAGCAACGGUAUCAUAAUUCUUCAGUGUUUGUUUCAGCUUUACGAUAUAAUCCGUGCUGGAUUAGUGAACUGGAAACGAGUGGUAACGAAGUUUUCGAAAUUGAAAGGGAUGAUGGACCAGAUUCAGAAUUGCAAUUACGCGGUCGAGCUUGGCCGACAGUUGCGGUUUUCAUUGGUUGGUAUACAAGGCAAAGAUAUUUACGACGGCAAUCAAACGCUAACGCUUGCUUUGGUGUGGCAGCUAAUGAGCGCCUACACAUUAACUGUUUUGGCACAGUGUACACAUAGUGGCGAUCGUUUGGCAACGGAUAAGGAAAUAAUUGCUUGGGUGAACCAAAAGCUGGCAUCUUCGGGUCGAACAACACACAUAAGGAGCUUCCAGGACCCGGUAAUAUCAGAUGCAUGCGUUGUUUUGGAUCUCAUCGAUGCAAUCAAGCCGGGCGUUAUCGAUUAUUCGCUUGUAAAAACGGGUAGUGUCCAGGCCAAUUUGGAGAAUGCGAAAUAUGCAAUAACUUCAGGUCGUAAAAUUGGUGCCAAAAUAUACGCUUUGCCGGAAGAUAUCGUUGAGUCACUAAAUGUAUUCGAGCGAGUGCUGUAA